CCACCACCAAACUCUAUCUCUCAUCGCUGCCCACCCUAAUAACAGCAUCUCCUCAUCAAUCACCUCAUCGCUAUCACGACAGAGAACUGAUUGACCAAUCAACAUGAAGUUCUCCCUUGCUUCCACCCUGGUGGUGACUCUGGCUGCUCAGGCCACAGCAAACAGCUGGUUCGGCAAGUCUGCAGUGUACGACAAGUGGCACGAGACGGAGCUCGAGCGCUGGCUGUCGGACAACAACAUCCCCCACCCCAGCCCUUCUGACCGCAAGAACCUUCAGAAGACCGUCGCCGACAACUGGAACGACAAGACCGUCAACCCUUAUACAAGCUGGGAUGCUAAGUCUCUCUCCAACUACCUGACUGCCCGCGGCCAGCAGGCGAAGAAGGGUACCGAGAACGACGCAAAGAGCCUUGCCGAGCAGGUCAAGGCCUACUGGUACGAGACUGAGGACUCUGCCAACCAGGCGUACGGCAACGUUAAGGACUGGAUCUUCGAUUCCUGGACUGACUCUCAGCUUAAAGCUUUCGCCGACAAGAACGGCAUUCCUGUUCCCCAGCCCCGCCAGCGUGACUCUCUUCUGAAGACUGUCCGCGAGAAUUACCAGUCUGCUGCCGACAAGGCCUCCGAGACUGCCAAUUACCCGGGUGACUGGCUCUACGCUUCGUGGUCUGACUCCGACCUCAAGGCCUGGUUCGACGAGCGUGGCUACAACGUUCCCCAGCCGUCCACCCGUGACUCUCUCAUUGCCAGCCUCCGCCGCCAGUCUCGCCUUGCUAGCCAGAACGCUCAGGGUGCCUACGCUCAGGUCUCUUCAUCCGCCGCCGCUGCCCAGCAGAGCUUGAGCGAUGCUCUCCUUGACUCAUGGUCCGACUCCCAGAUCAAGGAGUGGGCUGACAAGAACGGCAUCAAGGUUCCCCAGGGCUCCAAGCGCAAUGAGCUCAUUGCUCUCGCUCGCAAGCAUCGUGCCCGUCUCUACGGUGACUCUGCUUCUGCUACUGCUGCCUCUGCCUACGGCGCUGCCACCUCCAACGUCAACAGCGCUGCUUCCGGGGCCACCGCUGGCUUCGCUUACUACACCAACGUGAUCAAGAACCAGUUCGGCAUCGCCACUGACGCCGCCGCUGCCUCUGCUAGCUCCGCCUCUAAGGUUGCUGCCGCUUCCGCCAGCUCUGCUACCGGUCAGGUCAAAUCCGCCACUGGCGCCGCUGCUAAGGCUGCUUCUUCGUCUUCCUCUUCCAUCUCUAAGUCGGCUGCUUCUGCUUCCGCCGAUGCGUCUAAGUCCGCUCAGAGCGCCGCCUCCGUUGCCUCCAAGUCUGCUCAGUCCGGUUACAAUGCCGCCGGUGCCUCCGCCAGCUCUGCCAGCGCUAAGGCCUCCAAGGCUUCUUCCGCCGCUAAGGAUGAGUUGUAAACAACUCGUCUUCAUGAUCGCCUCCGACAAGCAUCGUUCAGCCUUGAUGGCUACCAGACGAUUUAUGACACGAUUACGACUAUGGUA